UUUGCCCCGCGGACACCCCGCGCCGCGCCGCUGGCACAGCCUGCUGCCCCGAGAGCAGCUCGCACAGCAGCGGGGCAGAGCGCCUCUCCUCGGACGCCAGGGGAGGAUGGGCAGCCGGGCACACCGAGUGUCCCUGGGGGACACCUGGAGCCAGCGAGUGCACCCCGACAUAGAAAGCGAGAGGCGGCGGCAGGCCUUCGACGUGGAGCGACUCACCAACCUCCUGGACAGAGGCGCCCAGAACACCGCGCUGAGGAGGGAAGUGGAAAGCCUCUUCCGUAGUGACCCAGCGUUCAACCAUAUCCACAGCCACUUCAUGACGCAGAGUGAGCGCUACGAGGCUGCCGUUCGGAAGACAUUCCUCAUGCACAAGAUGGCCCGGCGCCUGGGCUGGCCGGAGGACGGCCUCGAGUUUGCCUACGCUUCCAGGGCCCUGUCUGAGGAUGUAUCUUUCGGGGUGCACAGCGUUGCCACGAAAGCCAUCGAGAGCCUGGGCUCAGAAGAGCAGAUUGCGAAGUGGGUCCCGCUCUGCAAAACGUACCAGAUCAUCACGACUUACGCACAGACAGAAAUGGGGCACGGGACAUACCUUCAGGGCCUGGAGACUGAAGCCACCUAUGACGCAGCCACCCAGGAGUUUGUAAUACACAGCCCCACAAGGACUGCCACCAAGUGGUGGCCUGGAGACCUGGGAGAGUCAGCCACCCAUGCCCUCGUCAUGGCACAGCUGAUCUGCUCGGGAGCCAGGCAGGGCAUGCACGCAUUUAUGGUGCCCAUCCGGAGCCUCCAGGACCACACCCCACUGCCAGGAAUCACCGCUGGGAACAUCGGGCCCAAGAUGGGCUUGGAAAGUAUAGACAAUGGCUUCCUGCGACUGGACCACGUGCGAGUCCCUAGGGAGAACAUGCUGAAUCGUUUUGCACAGGUCUUGCCAGACGGCACCUACGUCAGACUUGGGACAGCGCAGAGCAACUACCUGCCCAUGGUGGUGACCCGUGUGGACAUUCUGUCGCGUGCAGUCCUGCCUGGCCUGCAGAAGGCCUGUGUCAUCGCCACACGCUACUCUGUUGUCCGUCGCCAAUCCCGGCUCCGACCCAGUGACCCGGAGGCAAAAAUCCUGGACUACCAGACCCAGCAGCAGAAAAUCCUCCUUCCACUGGCCAUGAGUUACGCCUUCCACUUCCACGUGGUCAGCAUCUCGGAGUUCUUCCGCCGUGCCUAUGACGCCAUUCGGAGCAAAGACGUCAGCCUCCUGCCCGAGCUCCACGCACUGACCACAGGCACCAAGGCCAUGAUGGCGGACUUCUGCACCCACGGGGUUGAGCUGUGCCGCAGGGCCUGUGGCGGACAUGGCUACUCCAAGCUGAGCGGCCUGCCGUCCCUGCUCACCCAGGUGGUGGCCUCCUGCACCUAUGAGGGCGAGAAUACAGUGCUCUACCUACAGGUAGCCAGGUUUCUGGUGAAGAGCUACCAUCAAGCAUGGGAGGCUGCAGGCCCCGUAUCACAGAAGCCUCUGCCUCCGUCUGUCGCAUAUCUUGCCCAGGUUCACCCAGCUAAGUGCCCAGCCCAGAGCACAGCCAACUUCCUCUGCCCAGAGCUCUACACCAUGGCCUGGGCACACAUGGCAGCCAGGCUCACAGAGGGCUCAGUGCGUCAUCUGCAGAUGCUCAUACAAUCCGGGGCCGACCGGCACGAGGCCUGGAACCAGACGAGCGUCCUCCUCCUCCAGGCUGCCAAGGCCCACUGCUACUAUCUCACCGUGAAGAGUUUUAAGGAGGCUCUGGAGAAGCUAGACAACGAGCCAGCGAUUCAGCAAGUGCUCAAACGCCUCUGCGACCUCUUCGCCUUACACGGUAUCUUGACCGACUCGGGCAACUUUCUUUACGACGGCUUUCUGUCUGGCCCCCAAGUGGACAUGGUACGAACAGCCUACCUGGACCUGCUCCCCCUGAUCCGGAAGGAUGCUGUCUUGUUAACCGACGCUUUUGACUUCACCGAUCAGUGUUUAAAUUCUGCACUCGGCUGCUAUGAUGGAAAUGUCUAUGAACGUUUGUUCCAGUGGGCUCAGAUGUCACCAAGCAAUAAUUCUCAGGAGAAGCCUGCCUAUGAGAAAUAUAUCCGACCAUUAAUACAAAGUCGGGGAUCCAAGCUAUGAAAUAAGCAACAUCAUUCCAGGACCCAGCAACACCACGAUCUUACAUAAAAUUAAUACUUAAAAUUAUGUAUGUUUAUGUAAUUUCAAGUCAUCUUUUAGACACUGGCUGAAUAUCUGUGAAACAGUAUCUGUGAUUUAAUUCAAAAUAAAGCAUAACAAGAAAAGGG